AUGGUCAAGAAGCGAGCGUCCAACGGACGUAACAAGAAAGGCAGAGGUCAUGUCAAGCCCAUCCGAUGCUCGAACUGCUCCCGCUGCACCCCAAAGGACAAGGCCAUAAAGAGAUUCACCAUUCGGAACAUGGUCGAAUCAGCUGCUAUCCGUGAUAUCUCUGACGCCUCCGUCUUCACCGACUACGCUGUCCCCAAGAUGUACCUCAAGCUGCAGUACUGUGUCAGCUGCGCCAUUCACGGCAAGAUCGUGCGUGUGCGCUCGCGAGAAGGCCGCCGAAACCGUGCCCCGCCGCCGAGGAUUAGGUACAACAAGGACGGGAAGAAGGUCAACCCUCAGCAGGCCGCUAAGACCGCGCAGGCGUGA